AUGGCCCAAGGAGUUGAAACCGUCCUCGUAGUUGGUGCUACCGGCAACAUUGGCGUUGCCGCCAUCAUCGGCGCACUCAAAUCUGGACGAAACGUCCUCGCCGUCGUACGCAACAAGGACUCAGAGAAAAAGCUGUCCGAGCACAUUAGCGAAGGUCGCGAUCGCAUCACUACCGUCGAGGCCAAUGUUGUCUCUGAGACUGGUGUCCAAGUUGGUGGAGGCUAUACCUUCCAGAAGAUGCUCGAUACCUCUCCUGAGAGUUUGCGCGAAUUCAUGACGCACAACUUUGAGUCCAACUUNCUGUCAGUCGAUUGUGCUACGGACAUAGAAAAUCUACUGACGUUUCGCAACACAGUCGCAUACCGUGCUACCAUCCCCUACCUGCUCGAGCAAGAGGGCAAGAAAUGUACUUGGACGACCUGCACCGGCUCGCAAGGUGACAAGGGAGAUCUUGCAUUGCCCGCCAUCUCGCAAGGAGCCAUGUUCUCGAUGUGCUACUCUGCUUGCAAAGAUUUGGUCGACACGAACGUCCGCUUCAACGAAGUCUACCUUGCACAGCGUGUCGAAGUUGAUGAAGUCGCGCAGGAGCACGGCACAAUGAAAUCGUCCAUCUUUGGCCGUGUUUUCGAGAAGAUUCUUGAGUCUGAUGUUAGAAGCAGUCGUAUCAAGGUUGAGAGCAAGGAGGACGUCGAGAGCCUGAGAUCUGAGCGAAAGAAAUAG